AUGAAUCCGUUAUUCGGCCCCAACCUCUUCCUCCUACAGCAGGAGCAGCAGGGCCUAGCCGGGCCGCUGGGGGACCCUCUGGGAGGCGACUUCACCGGGGCAGGGGACGUGUCCCCAUCACCGCUUGCUCCUCCCGGCCCCGCUUACUCGCCGCCUGGGCCGGCCCCGGCGCCCCCCGCCGCCAUGGCUCUCCGCAACGACCUGGGCUCCAACAUCAAUGUGCUCAAGACACUGAACCUCCGCUUCCGCUGCUUCCUGGCCAAGGUGCACGAGCUGGAGCGCCGCAACCGGCUGCUGGAGAAGCAGCUGCAGCAGGCGCUGGAGGAGGGUAAGCAGGGCCGGCGGGGCCUGGCUCGCCGCGACCAGGCAGUGCAGACCGGCUUCGUCAGCCCCAUCCGGCCCCUGGGGCUGCCCCUGGGCGCCCGGCCGGCCGCCGUCUGCACCCCGUCGGCGCGCGUGCUGGGCUCGCCCGCGCGCUCGCCAGCCGGCCCGCUCGCGCCCUCCGCUUGCCACUCGUCGCCCUCCACCUCCGCCUCCGCCUCCGCCUCCGCCGCCGCCGCCGCCGCCUUCUCCUCAUCGGCCCGCUUCAUGCCCGGGACCAUCUGGUCCUUCUCUCACGCUCGCCGGCUGGGGCCGGGACUGGAGCCCAUGCUGGUGCAGGGGCCUGGCCUGUCGUGGGUGCACCCUGACGGGGUAGGCGUCCAGAUCGACACCAUCACCCCCGAGAUCCGCGCGCUCUACAACGUGCUGGCCAAGGUGAAGCGCGAACGGGACGAAUACAAGCGGAGGUGGGAAGAGGAGUACACGGUGCGGGUACAACUGCAAGAGCGAGUGAAUGAGCUCCAGGAGGAAGCCCAGGAGGCUGAUGCCUGCCAAGAGGAGUUGGCAAUGAAGGUGGAGCAGUUGAAAGCUGAGCUAGUGGUCUUCAAAGGGCUUAUGAGCAACAACCUGACGGAGCUGGACACGAAGAUCCAGGAGAAGGCCAUGAAGGUAGACAUGGACAUCUGCCGCCGCAUCGACAUCACCGCCAAACUCUGCGAUGUGGCUCAGCAGCGCAACUGUGAGGACAUGAUCCAGAUGUUCCAGAAGAAACUGUCUCUGCACUUGUCUCCCAUUAAGGUCCCAUCCAUGGGGGGGCGGAAGCGGGAGCGCAAGGCUGCCGUCGAGGAGGACACCUCCCUGUCGGAGAGUGACGGGCCCCGCCAGCCCGAUGGGGAUGAGGAGGAGAGCACAGCCCUCAGCAUCAACGAGGAGAUGCAGCGUAUGCUCAACCAGCUGAGGGAGUAUGAUUUUGAGGACGACUGUGACAGCCUGACUUGGGAGGAGACUGAGGAGACCCUGCUGCUUUGGGAGGAUUUCUCAGGCUAUGCCAUGGCAGCGGCAGAGGCCCAGGGCGAGCAGCAGGAAGACAGUUUGGAGAAGGUGAUUAAAGAUACCGAGUCCCUGUUCAAAACCCGGGAGAAAGAAUAUCAGGAAACCAUCGACCAGAUAGAGCUGGAGCUGGCCACAGCCAAGAACGACAUGAACCGGCACCUGCACGAAUAUAUGGAGAUGUGCAGCAUGAAGCGGGGUCUGGAUGUGCAGAUGGAGACCUGUCGCCGGCUCAUCACCCAGUCCGGAGACCGAAAGUCUCCUGCUUUCACUACGGUCCCGCUUAGCGACCCGCCGCCGCCACCGAGCGAGACUGAGGACUCCGAUCGGGAUGUCUCAUCUGACAGCUCCAUGAGAUAGGGACCUGCCUCUGGUCCCACCCCGGUGGGAACGUGCCUCUCGCCCCGGCGGAGGGGGCGUUCACAGAAGGGGAGCUUCAUCUGUCUUGCUGUACGGAGCCCGGUCCCUGGGGACGGGGCUGCUCCUCCCUCGGGCACCCUCCCUUGGCCUCUCCGGAGUUCUGGGGUGUCUGGAGUGAGGCAUGGCCUGCCCUUCCCAGCUGGGGCUCUCCUGCCUCCAUGCGUGGGUGCCUGCUACUCCCCAUCUUUUAAAGUGCUGCCCGUGUGACCGUGGCCCCGUAACUUCUCCACUGAGGGAUGUGACUGUCACAUCCUCCUUCCCCGCCUGCGGCCUAGAGCCAGCUCCCGUCUGUGGUUCUGUAUUGGUGCUAACUGGCUUGUGCAGCACCUGCAGCAGGAGAGGGCCUUUCCGCGUUGCAGGUGGAGGGAAGCAGGACUGGGCAGGGCGCUAAGUUCUCCCUCUGCUGUCCAAGUGCUCUGGUCACCUAACUGUGGACAGUAAGGGUGUGGCUGUGACCCCCUCCCUCGUGGAAAUGCCACACAUUGAAGGGGCCUCAGUGCCUCGGUCUAGGUGGCUUCUGGUUCUGACUGGGUGCAGUAUCAUGGAGACUGGAAGCUCGUCUCCCGGUCACUGCUGAGUGACACCAAGCAGUGAAGCUACUUGGGCGUGCACAUGGGGGUGUGUGCGCAAGUGUGCUCAGGGUCUCCGUUUCUUCAAGUUAUCUGCUGAAGAUGUGCCUCCUCCGUGUCUGUCACACUGAGACCAACAGGCUGAGUAAGAUGUCCGAACUUGCAAACCUUGGAGAAACUGGGGAGAUGUGACUGAGCCCUCAGCCUAACUGCCUGGGGGCGGCUGUGCCGACAAGUGAAUGGAAUCUUUGAUAAGAAUGAAACUGGCGAGUAUUUAUUGAACUUUGUGUCACUGU